CACAAUCGGCGCGGUCGACGCGCGCGCAGCGCCGGCUGCUCUCUUCCUGGGAGCCGCGACCGCGCGCACGCCGCGCGCUUCCCGCCGCGUUUGGUCACGUGGGGGGCUCGGCUGCGCUCGGCGACUCCCGCCUCGCCCUCGCGCUCGGGAGCAGUCGCGCAACACGACGCAACGUGCGCAGAACAGCUUCUAGCGGCAAAGGCGCACGAAACCGAGCAGCCGUCGCCACCAGCUGGAAAGGAACGCGCUCCGCGCGAGCGUGUGUGUGUUGCCGAGGGCAGCGGUCGACGCAGCGGCGCGCCAUUAGCGUACGCUGUGCUGUUGCUGCUGGAUUCUACGUCCGCCUGCUCGCUCGCUCCUCCGAGCGCUCCUCGCUCCCGGCCGCGCGCUUCGGCGACCGCGGACUUCCUACUUCGUCGUGAAGUGCCGUCCAGCACGAUGGAGAAGGGCGGCGCCGCGUUGGAGUCGGGCGCGUCGAGCGACGCCGCCGCCGCCGCUCACCAACAGCGUGGGGAGGACGUGCCAAUGCAUUUCGUGUCGGUGAACAAGGUUCCGACGCAGGUGAUCUGCUACGGCGACCCCGGCAGCCUGGCGUCGGACGCCGCCAAGCCCGUGGUCCUCGUUAUUCCAGGCAAUCCUGGUUCGAUCGAGUUCUACGCCGAGUUCAUGCGCGAGAUCUACGAGGGUCUCAAGGGCAAGGUCAUCGUCUGGGGUGUCUCGCACGCCGGUCACGUGGCGCCACCCAAGCCCAUGCAGAUACCCAACGUUGAAGACCACCCGACUCUGUACUCGUGCGAAGGCCAGAUCGGUCACAAGAUGUCCUUCAUCAAGCAGUACAUUCCGAGCGGGACGCCGCUCAUCCUUGUCGGACACUCCAUCGGCUGCCACAUGGUCCUUGAGAUGCUCAAGAGGGCCCCGGACCUCAACGUGCGCAAGGCGUUCCUGCUGUUUCCCGCCAUCGAGAGCCUGGACGCGUGUCCGCGCGUCGGGCUCAUCAACCCCCUGGUCACCUACCUGCGGCCGCUGACCGUGGCCACGCUGUCCGCCCUGCGGCUCCUGCCACGCGCCGUGCAGAACCUGCUCAUCCGCUUCUACAUCUUCCUCGCCACCGCGUGCACCACGCCGCACCGGACGUCGCUGAGCGGCGCGCAAAACUACUUCCGGCCCGAGUGCCUCAUGGCCUGCUUCGUGUUCACGCGCGACAUCAUACAGAACGUGCGCGAGCGAGACAACGCAACCAUCGGGCGUCACGUGGACAAGCUGGUCGUGUACUACGGCCAGAACGACCACUGGAGCCCCGUCGCGUACUACGACGACAUGCGCAGGACAUUUCCCGAGGCCGAUGUGCGCCUCUGCGACCGGGGCUUCCGGCACGCCUUCGUGCUCGAUCGCAGCGUUGACGUCGGCAGCAUGGUGCGCGGCUGGAUCGAGCCGCUGCUGUUGAGCUAGCGGCGUGUGCCUUCCGAGCCACUUGCUUUGUUUGUUUUAUUUUUUUUAUGUCGCGCGCGUUGAAAGGUGUGUCAUGCUGUCCCGUUUCUUGCACCUCUGGACGGGAUCAGUGGCAAAGGUCAUUCAACAGCUGGAGUGGUUCUGAAUUAAGCCUCAGAAAAGGGCCCUAUCUACGAUUCGCGGGAAGUUCAGGGAAGGAAGGUCUGCUAUCCUCUUGCACGCGAAGAGCUGGGAAGAGGCCGGAGCGUCCCUAUCACCGCAUAGUCGGACGGAAUCAUUUAAAAAGAGGUCGUGGGAGACUGCAAUCGAUGCAUUGAAAUGAUAAGGAUUUGGGCAUUAGAAUACUCGCCGCUAAUAAUGUUGGACACAAAUAAGUAUCUCGCUGAUUCGAGCCGGAAUUGAUUGUAGAUGACGAGUGGUAAAGGUGGUACUGAUUUACUGCGCUGAUUUUUGCUGUGAACGAGCCUUCACAAUUUAUAAGGACACAUAGUCAUGCCAGAAUACUUUAAUGCUUUGGCUGUGCCGACCAAGAUCAGGGACGUUUGGCGACCAAUACCGCGGGGCCGCGUUUUCGAUCGAUCGCUUACGGAGAUUCCCUCAUCGGUGCGCGUUGAUUGGUUGAGCCAGCCUGCAACAUUUCCGUUGUUCCCAUAGGACGUCGCGCUGGACGUGAUGUCAUGAAAGAGUGAAAGUAUCAUUGAAAUUGUUCAGUCGAGAUGUCACCUGCACACAUAGUUGGCUAAGUGGGGUAUUUCACAGCUGGCAGCUUCUACAGGGUCGUUUUACACCGCCUAUAUUGGCGCAAGGACGAAACACUGAGCUUCAGGUAGUAAAUACAAACCUGUGUUGUGUUUACAACUACGGGUUUUCUUAGAUUUAUUUGUGUCUCAUCGGUGUGAACCACAGGACGAACAAGGAACGUUGGCCGUUGGUAAUAUUUUAUUGUUUGGCAGAUGGAAUGUAGAUGACAACGCUUCGACGAUGCCAUAUCAAGGUGUUGCUUAUCAGCCAUGCUCAUAGCUCUCGCCAUGUCUCUUGCCUGUGUUCUUAUACAGGGCAAUCAGAAAUAUAUAUAAUUACAAUCAGAAUGAAGAACAUUGUUCUCUGGUGUAAAUGUGGACAUGCUUUCGACCUCCAGAUGCACAGAAGCUGCUUUCUUAAAAGCACUUUAUUCUUUAAUCAUUCCUAUAGUGAGUGCCACCACCAUUGUUUGGUCGACAAAAACAAAACAAAAAACAAAGGUGUUGAUACAACGGGACAGCAUGUCACCCAUCUCAAAAUGUUAGAGAAGUUAUAUGUUAACUGGCGCAUGCUCGCAUACUCAUUGUUAGUCGUUUAUUUUUAUUUUUGUACACAAUGCCUUUGCAGGGCGCUAACCACGAGGGAACGAGCGAUAGUAUUUCGUCAUCGGCACGCUUUAUACCGCGCUAUAUAUGCAUUCUAGUCCCGCUUUGGCGCUUCGUGGGCCGCGCUUCUACUUCGGUAUUAGAGAGUUUAAGCCUGUCCGUAUAACAUAUUAUUGUUUACGGAAUACCGGAGACGUGGUCGUGAGAAGAAGCACUCGUGGCGCCACCUUAUGACAUUAAAUUCAAACAGAGUGUGCAGACCUAGCUAUUAUUGCAAUGACGAGCUCUGUGCUCCUUAGCUGCUGGCAAAAAACGCAUCGACAUAACCAUGAACUGGUCAUGCCCUCCAGCAUUACUUGAUGUCAUGAACAUCUAUGAAUGUAAAGUGGCUUUUAUUUCGAUGAGCGUAAAACAGAAAAAAAAAUGCCUCUCACGAUUUGUUAUUCAAGAAAAGUACAAAAUGCUGUUACAACGCUCUUACAGCCUUUGAGGUCAGCGGUAUUCAGUAAACCGCGAUGUGUUUCUCUACGGACAGGUUAAGAUUGUAUAUUGAUCACUAUACCUUGUUUAGGUUUAGAACGUCGCGUUGCGCUGAGGUCUUAGAAGCAUCAUUCCAAUAUGUGUGAACGUUCGCCUCGCGCCAGUGUAUACGGUCAACGGACGUGCCAUUUGCUAAUAGAUUACAUGUGCUUGCUGAAUUGGUGCCGAAGAAAACAUUUUGGGGGUGUCAAACAACACACGACAGUAGCGGUUUCAGCAGGCGGUUUCAGCCGCAGUGUUUCUUGUGGCCUGUUGCGCGUUCAGUGCUUUGCUCUGAACGCGCAAAGGGCACUGUUUUGCGUUCGUGUGCGAGCUGCAAGGGACACAACUUUUCAAAAUAUUACUUCAGUUCUUGGUCUGGCUGCAGCCAUCAAACGGGAAAAUAAGGCGGUAUAAGCAAAUAAGGAACUUUUGCGUCAUCAGAACUCAUUCAAAAAAUGCGACCCCGUCCCCGUGUAACAGGCAACAUGUCACAGAUCAUACGAGCACCUGGACAACAGCACGUUUCUCAGUGGCUGCACUAUUGUGAACCAAUGACAAUUGACCGGGAUGAUGAUCGAAACUCGCGCAAAAUGAGAUCACAAAUAAGGGAGUGUGGGAGUGACCUUAUUGAACGAAGCCAAUUAUAUCUGCCACGCUGGCAUAUCCACCCUUCGUUGAGGUAGGCUAACAAUGCUAGCGUGGUUAAUUUCAAUAUCCAAAAUGACGGCUCUGCAAAAAGAGAGAAAGCUUUAUUUGACCGACUGCAGUCUGAGUCACACUGCUCGUAGUCGUUUCAAGAGUGGAUUGUGGCAAAUCGUAGGGUCUCCCGAACUUGAUCCUUGUGGUGGUUUAUCUACAUGUAGAGAUCCAUACAAAAAUUACUACAGGGAAACAUGGCGCUACAGUGUCUGCGAACGCUGCCGGUUCAGCGCUCCAUAUGCAGCAUGACGGAUAGUACAUGGAUUUGUCUAAGCUUAGUCCUUCUGGCUUCGAACAGCCUUCUGCUUCCUUCAUUGUUGGGGGCAGCGGGAUGGACGAAGGCGAGGAAAACGAAACGACUAACUCUCUGAUAGAUAACUUUAUAUCAUUCCGUCGUUUCUUAUUCAUAAAAUAUUGCAUUGGACUGAAGAUACUGAACUGAACCUUGCCAUUCGUCAUAUUUUGUAUUUUGGAGCCUCCUCUCUAGGACGGUGUCAUAGAGAUGUCUGCGCAACAGUUGAGUAGUUCUUAUCUGAAACAGGACGAUUUCAAUUUUAACUUCCUAAAACUAUUUGUUAUUUUACUUUUCUUCAGAUUUUAUCAAAAUUUCUCGUUAGUGUUUCUUUUUAGGUUUCUUUCUAACUAAUUAUCCUUCCAAUGCAUAUGAUUCCUGGCCAAGCCACCGCAGUGGGUAUGGGCCAUACAUAAAGACAAAACAAACCAAACAUGGCCUUGAACGCGUAUUCGUUUCUUCGUCUUCGUGUCUUUCGCUGCCCCGAACCAUGAAUGUUAACCAUCUAACCCGAUUCUCUGCACUCGUGGUUUCUGGUUUUGAGCUAAUAUUGUCGUCUCAUAUUUGCUGUGUCGUAAUGAUUGAUCUCAUUUACGUUCUAAAUUCUGCCGCCGUAUUGUUUUCAGAUCAUUUUGCCUAAAAAUAACCAUCUAAGAAAUCUAAAACAAUCUACCAUGGCGACUGUCGCUGCCACAAAGACAUCCAUAUCAAGCGGCACGCAUACACGAAAAUGUGGAAACUAAUUUGUGCAGUUGAAAUAGUACAGAACAGAAUAAUGUAUUUCUCAAGGUAAAAGACAACAUUGCUCCAAAGAAAUGUCGUGCGACUAGCACACAACGCAUCGCAACGACAAAAAACGAGAAGUCGCAAUUUCUCAACAAGGCCAUGCCAAAUCAUAGACAAAUCCAUGAGCUAUGCACCUUUCCCACGGUGGUUAACCACUGGGUUGGACGAGCUGCAGCGCCAUAUUUCCCUCUAGCGACUUUUGUAAGAAACUCUGGACGAUAUGGUUGAUCCUUUAUUUCAUUAUUUUUUCUUUUUUUUUGUCUUUUCGUUCAGCUGCAGCUGCGGCAGUAGGGACUCGAUGAGGAAAUAGCUGCGUUGCUCUUUAACGUACAGUCGCCGUCAAAUUUUACAGACCGCGGCAUCUGAGAAAACAUAGACUUUUCGAGUGGUUUGUGGCCGCAUUUCAGGAUAGAAACUUGAAUGACAGGCUGCGGAAAUAUUCAACCUUUUCUCGCGUUCCGCGGUCCACAGCCUUUUGACGCCGACUGUGUACCGGGGGAAAAGCCUAACUUUGUUGUUCGCAUUUGAGUCUCCGUUACCGUUUCAUUAGUCCGUACGGAAUGGGAUACUAAUGCAAGCACAACGGGGCCAAGAUGGCUUUAAAGCGGGCCGUGUCCAUCACACCGGUGUCCCUGGGGCGGGACCCUUGUGAAAACGCAUCCGCGAGGCCUUCGGAAGAAAUAAAAACAAGAAUUGCUUUUGUGAUAAGCCCAUCGCACGAUGUGUAUGUGUAUAUGCACCUCGUCCCUCUCAGUGGUGGUGAAGUUUUGUACAUAGCGAAUAAACUUUUUCACGACAGCUUGUUA